AGUGCGAAGAUCAGAGGAGCUUUCUACAGUCAGCGAGCCCGAGAGAACGUGGCUUUGACUGCGCCUGCUGUGAGGUUUUGUUCUUUGUGGUGCCAUCACCGUCUUCUUACCCACACAGAGCGAGGAGCUGUUAAAGAGCCGCCGCUCUGUCAGGAGUCAGAAAAACAUCGGCUCAGGGAGAACGCUCUGCAAGGUCGCAAACAUGACGGAGAGUCCUGCAAACGUGACAUUCGGUGACUAUGACAACGGUACUGAGACAUAUAUCGAUGACGACGGCUUCUGCAUCAUGGAUCCUGACGCCAGUGAGGUCAUCACCCAGACUUUGAUCCACUCCAUCAUCUGCGGAUUCGGCCUGAUUGGCAACGUCCUGGUGAUGGUGACUUACAGCUUCUACAAGAGAACCAAGACCAUGACGGACGUCUACCUCUUCAACAUGGCCGUGGCCGACCUGAUCUUCGUGGCUACACUUCCGUUCGUCAUAUACAAUGAGCAGCACGAUUGGUCGAUGGGCAGGGUGGCCUGUAAGGUGCUCCGGUCGUCCUACAGCAUUAACCUCUACAGCGGCAUGCUGCUGCUCGCCUGUAUCAGCUGCGAUCGGUACAUCGCGAUUGUUCGGGCGACGCGCUCCUUUGGGACGCGCUCCCGUGCCCUCGUCUACAGCCGCCUGAUCUGCUUGGCGGUUUGGGUGUUUGCAGUGGCGUUAACUCUCCCCACGCUCAUCUACACUGAACCCUCUGAAGAUAACUCCCCGGGGUCUGAUCGCGUCACCGUGAUGUGUCAGAUGUCUUUCAACCAGACUGAAACUGCGGCUCUCGUGAAGCUGCUGGUACCCAGCCUCCAGAUGGCUGUUGGCUUCCUGCUGCCACUGUGCAUGAUGGCGUUCUGCUACUCCUGCAUCAUCUACACGCUGCUGAGGGCGCAGAGCAACCAGCGGCACAAGGCCGUCCGGGUGGUGUUGGCGGUCGUUGCUGUCUUCAUCGUCUGCCAUCUUCCGUACAACGUGACCCUGCUGAUCCACAUGCUGUCUCUGUUCAAGCAGAGGAGCUGCGACGCCGAGAACCUUAAACUCAAAUUUCUCAACAUCUGCAGGACCGUCGCUUACCUGCACUGCUGUCUCAAUCCCUUCCUCUACGCCUUCGUCGGGGUCAAGUUCAGGAACCACUUCCGCCAGAUCAUGCUGGACCUCUGGUGCUUCAGCAAAAGGUACAUCUACACCGCUCGCUCGUCACGUGGCACGUCCGAGAUCUGCAUGUCAGGGCUGAAGUUGUCGGAAGGCUCCAACAACAUGUCGUCAUUCAGCGCUUAACACUUCAGCUAUAAAGGGAAAUCAGUCUGGUGCUCAUCGCUCUCAAGCUUUGCUGUGAAACUGUGCUUUAAUCAUAGAGACUGUGAGAUGUUCUCAUCUACUGCAUCCAGUUUAUAUGACACAAAACUGGACAUCAAGUCCAACAGCUGUCCUCAGAAACACAGGUGACCACAGCAGCUUAUUAUCCAUCAAACUAAAAACACAGCAGCAGAAUCUCACGCUUUGACUUCACGUAUUGUUCUUGUGAUUUAGAAGUAACUGUGUCGUGCAGGUUGCAACUGUACUCUUUGCUAAUGAAGUUUGAUGCUAUAAACCGCAUCUCUAACUGAACUAAACAUAAUGUACUUUUUUUUAACGGGCAGGUUUGGAUGUUUGGGGCAUUGAGGUCGGUUUUCUGUGACAUGAACAUGUAAACACAUAAUCCUGCAAUCUGAGAAUGAAGCGCCCUGUUGGAAUAAUUUGGUAUUACAGUCGAGGCGUUUAUUCCUGUUCUCGUGUCACCAGCAGGAGCUUC